AUGUUUCCCUUUGGAGAAUUAACAAAAACCGGAAGUCGGAUGCGCGGGAUACUUCAUCGCGAGCUGUCAAUUGCGUUGGCUUUUCAUCCAAAAAAAGAAACAAAAAACCACUCAUUCCACAUGGCGAUGGCCUCCUAUUCUCCGCGCGAAACCGAUAGGUUACUGGGGGGUCACAAUAAUGCCGCUAUUCCACCACGCGAAUCUCAGUACAACAGGCUUAUCAAUCAUUUGACCUUGGAUAUUGAUCCAACUCAUGGUGAUUUUAUCCUCUUGUUCUGCUACGUGAUUACUGGCCUCUUAGACAGUUCAGCCGUCUUCGUCUGGGGCUCUUUCGUCAGCAUGCAAACAGGCAACACCGUCUACUUAGGACUCGGUCUCAUGGGGGUCGAUGAGAGCACACGCUGGAUCAGGGCAUUUAUCUCAAUUGCCAGCUUCUGUGUGGGAUCGCUCUGCUUUUCCUCUUUUUAUCGGUCGUUCUCUUCCCGCAGGCGUUGGGUGCUAUGUGCUUCCUUUACUAUUCAGAUGCUCUGCGUCGCAGCGGCUGCCACAAUCGUGACCAUUCACCAAACCUCUCGAGACUCCCCAUUAACCUGGAAAGUUGUUGUGCCAUUGAUAUUAGUGGCAUUUCAAAGUAGUGGCCAGGCAGUCACUAGUCGCGUGCUGCAGUUCAAUGGUCUAACCAGUGUGGUGUUAACAAGUGUUUACUGUGACUUAUUCUCCAAUUCGGUACUUCCCCCUUUUUCGAUGCUGUAUGCGGUCGAAGAGAGACGACGUGGCGGGGCAGUGGUCUGCUUACUAUUGGGGACGAUGCUGGGGGGCUUGUGGGCCAAGAGUUCGGUUGGCUUGAUGGGGGCCUUCUGGACGGCGGUUUUUUGCAAGGCUUGUAUUGCUGCUGCCUGGUUGGUAUGGCGGGGACAGCCGAUGGAAGGCAUGGGGGUUGAAGGGGAGAACGAAUGAUAUUCGGUCUAUUAGAUGGUGCAGGAACGAUUGCCCAGAGCAUAGCCUAUCAUAUCGCAUGCCCCCGAUGCAAUUACCACUCAGCCCUACUGUAGGGCUGAGCCGGGCCCUCUUGGACUCCACUCAAAGGAUUCCCCUGCGUAAAUAAUUUUGAGAAUUACCACCUCUUAUAUAAUUAGCAUAAACCAAGUAGGCAGAAAUCAAAAUUAACACAUUUACUAACCACCAGGAUGAAGCAGCUUG